AUGUCAGUGUGCCUCCGACCACGGCAGGUGCUACCAGAGACCAGACUUUCCUGGUUAUUGUGCUGCAGUGCCUUGCGGUCCCCGGCCUCAGGCUACCUGAUAGUGAGCUCAGUGUCCUGGGCUGUCACCAACCAGGUGGAGGAGGAGUUAGACAGCUGUUCCACAGAGGAGGCAGUACCCACGCUGCUGGAGGACUUGGGCAGUAUAUGGCAGCAGAGUCUCCCAACCUCAGUGCACAAGGAGGACCGACACCUGCAGUCCCCCACUGUGAGCACCGCCCGUGCUAGGCUGCCUCCUGCACCUUGGAUGUUCUCCUACCCACAGGGAAGCAGCUCUAGGCUGUGCCUGGGCACCGCCCGCUUCCUGGUCCACGCCAAUGCCUGGGGCUGUCUGGCUAUGCUAUCCACACAUGAGAAGGAGUCAAGUUACGUCAUUGAGCUAGAGUCAGAGGUCAGGGAAUGGCAGAUGGUGUUUCAGACUGGGAGACAACUGGUUAUGAGGAAGUAGCCUCACCAGUAUGAAUGAUUCUUUAUGAAGAUGAGGAUAGAACACAUCUGGCUUCAUAAAUGGUAUAGAGGAGUAUCAGGAAUUCCAAGGGAGGAAUAUUUCAAAGCAUUUCGAAGAAAGGCCUGA